AUGAAGAUUACCGAUCUUAGCACCGACUUAUCGACCGGCGAGAUCCUGAUCCAGCUUCUUGAGAUUAUCUCUGGCGAGGAAACCUCCCCGUUUGGAAAAUACAAUAAAAACCCAAAGCUUAGGAUCCAGAAGGUCGAGAACCUCAACAAGGCCCUCGACUUUAUUCGCAAGCGUGGAGUCCAUCUGACUAAUAUUGGCUCCGAGGACAUUGUGGAUUGCAAUGGCAAGCUGAUCCUUGGUCUGAUCUGGACAAUCAUUCUCCGUUUCACGAUUGCUGAUAUUAGGCAAGGAGACAGACUGCUCCUCUGGUGUCAACGAAAAACGGCUCCAUAUUCGCAGGACUUUUCGAUCAAGGAUUUCACAAUGAGCUGGCAGAGCGGCUUGGCUUUGUGCGCCCUGAUUCACCGCCAUCGCCCAGAUUUACUGGACUAUUAUGCCCUCAACAAGGGCGACAAGCACAAAAACACCCAGCUCGCUUUUGACGUCGCAGAGAAGCAUUUGGGCAUCCCGAAGCUUUUUGGCGUCGAGGACAUUGUUGAUGUUGUCAAGCCCGACGAACGCUCCGUGAUGACAUACGUCGCCCAGUAUUUCCAUGCCUUUUCGUCUCUUGAUAAGGUUGGAACUGCGGGGCGGCGCAUUGGUCAGUUCGGGCAGGUUGUCCAGUCGGUUUGGGAGAUGCAAAACGAUUACGAACGCCGCGUGCGUGCCCUCAUGGCUGCAACCGAGGGGAUCCAGCGACAGUGGAGCAGCCAGACAUUCUCGAACUACCCCGAUGCCAAGAGGCUGCUCCAAGACUUUGAAACCUACAAAGUGUCCUUGAAGCGGGAGUGGAUUGUCGAAAAGUCGUUCUUGGACAGUCUGUUUGGGAACAUCCAAACCAAGCUCAAGACGUACAACAUCAAGCCGUAUACUCCCCCGGCAGGACUUUUGGUGCAGGAUCUCGAUAGCUACUGGGAGCAGCACAUUGCCAUCGAGGCUCAACGCAAGAGAACACUGAACGCCUUCAUUAAGGAAAUCAAGGAGUCCCUUACGCAGAGAUAUGCAGAGGCCGCUAAUGGAUUUGAAGAAAAGCUCUCCAGUGUUGCCUUUUCUCUCGCUAAUCUGGAGGGCUCGCUGGAGGUAAGCAUCGGCCUCAGUGGAACGCGAUUGGACAGACUCAAAGCAAGGCCGACAGAGCUAACCCGACUUGACGCUCUUCUCUCUCUAUCAUACACCGUUCUAGACAACCCCUUCACCAUCUAUACGAUCGAAGAUUUGCGAUUCGAUCUCGACCUGUUGAGCCAAUCGCUCCAAAAGAAGUACACGUUCGUGGAAAACCAGAUUAUUGCCCGAAGCAAGACCAACAUUACUCCUGAGCUUUUGGAGGAGAUGACCGAAACCUUCAACAGAGUAUGCAAGGAUGGAUCCAACAAACUCAAGUUUGAAGAAUUCAAAGCGGCUUUGCAGGCCCAGGGUACUUUCUAUCCUGAAGAUAAGGCUUUGAAAAUCUUUGCCGAUGCUGCAGCCGGCUCCGAGACGAUGAGCUUUGAUCAGUAUCUUGAUUUCAUGAAGUCCAUUCAAGAAGACAAAACUGGUCCGAAGCAGCUGGAAGAGGCUUUCGACACAAUUGCAGGAGAAGGGGAAAUCACCGAAUCGGAUUUGUAUCGAAGCGGUCUCGCUCCACCCCUCGUGGAGUACUUCAAGGUCGUCAUUCCCCGCAAGGCGAACAAUGCAUUCGACUACAAGCAGUACAUAUCGUCUAUCUUUACCUCCAGUGAUUGA